AGACGUUAUUUCAUUUCCCUCGCGCUCUCGCCGCCAAAUUUGUAAAACCCUCAUUCUUGGUUCGCCAAACCAAGAGGGGCACCGGGAACCUGCUUUCGAACGAGGUUACGAGCAGAGUGGCAGGGGAAGAGGGAGGGGGAGAUGAAGGCAGAGAAGCAAGAACCUCGGAGGGAGCUGUACGCCCUUCUUCAUUUAUCUCCCCAGGCAUCCGAUGAAGAGAUCAGGAAGUCGUAUCGCCAAUGGGCGCAGAUUUACCAUCCCGAUAAGUACCAAGACCCACAGAUGAAGGACAUAGCCACUGAGAACUUUCAAAGAAUUCGUGAUGCCUAUGAGAUUUUGACAGAUGAGCACAAAAGACAAAUAUAUGAUAUAUAUGGUUUUGAAGGUUUAACUUCUGGCCUUGAGCUUGGAGCAAAGCUGAGCAAACCAGAAGAAAUUAAGGAGGAGUUAGAGAGAUUGCGCCGUCGACAAGAAGAGGAGAAGGUCUAUGCUCAUGUUCGCCCUGUUGGCUCUCUUCUUGCAACUUUGUCAUUGCCACAAUUUUUGAGUGGUGGCAGCAUCAUGAGAGGGAUGCAAAUGUCAUCGGAAGUUCAAUCACAAAUAUCCAAGAAAAAUACUGUUGUAAUUGGUGGAAACCUUGCUGUUACUGGAAAUUCUGGUGGAGGUGCUGCAACAGUUUUGCUUCGGCAUCAGUUGUCCUCAGUUUCUUCAUUGGAGAUCAUGGCUUCUGCUGGUUUGCGGGCACUAAUUGGAUUGCAGACUUCUCGCCAUCUCUCUCCUCAUUCAACUGCAACAACUGGGUUGACACUUUCCUUGAGAGAUGGCUCCAUCAAUCUCUCCAAUGUAUGGACUCGCCAGCUUUCUGAAACUGCAAAUGGAAAUAUACAACUUGUCUUGGGUACUGAAAAUAGCAUUGGGGUCGGAUGGCAAAAGAAGGAUGAAAAAAAUUCUGCAGCUGGAGAGCUUAAGUUUGGAGUGGGUUCAUUUGGAGCAACUACGCAUUACACUCGCUAUUUCUCAUCUAAAUCUCAUGGUCGCAUUGCAGGAAGAAUUGGGAGUACUGCUAUUGAGUUUGAGGUUGGUGGUGGCAGAAAAAUAUCUGAUUUCAGUACUGUGCGGUUUCUGUACACAAUUGGUAUUCAGGGGGUACUUUGGAGAGUUGAACUUCAUCGUGGAGGACAGAAGCUCAUAAUUCCUGUGCUAUUGUCAAGCCAAUUGACUCCACUUCUUGCUACUGGGGCGCUGAUAGUUCCAGCAUCAGUAUAUUUUUUGCUGAAGAAAUUUAUUGUCAAACCAUACUACCUCAAAAGAGAGAGACUGAAGGCCCAAGAGAAAAGACAGAGAACAUCUACUCAGGUCCAGGAGGCAAGGGCAGCAGCUGAGAAGGCUCAACUACUGCUGAAAAAUGUGGCCAAUAGAAAGAAAAGCAAACAAUUAGAAGCCAGGGGCCUUGUCAUUACAAGAGCACUUUAUGGAAAUCUUAAAGCUUACAAGAAAAGGAAUGGCAGUACUGUUGAAGAAACUGAUGAACUGGUUCAGCAGGUUUUGGAUGUGACAAUACCUUUAAAUUUCCUGAUAAAUGAUGCUGGUUAUCUUAAGCUUCACAAAGGUAUCAAAAAGUCAGGAAUCAUGGGAUUUUGCGACCCCUGUCCGGAGGAUCCAAAGCAAUUAUUUGUUGAAUACACUUACGGAGGCGACAAGCAUGAGGUGACGGUUGAUGACUAUGAUGAGUUGAUAAUACCUCAGGAGCUGCAUAGAGUUUGAUUUUUCUAGUUGGAAACUCUUCUCCAGAUGGAGUGAGAGGUUUCCUUAAUAAUCAUGCACACCAUUGUGCCAAGACUCCAACGCAUAUUUCUGGCACAAAACAAUUUUUUUGGCACCUGUUGUAAUUAAUAACCAGUUAUCCAUGUCUUAAUUUCAUUGUCUGAUAA